CCAAGUACUCGCUCGUUUCCAAGUUCGUGUUGCCAAAGUUUGGCAAAAAUAUAUAUAAAUAUGGCUGCGAUUAUAAAAAUAAUUUUGAUUUUAUUAAUUUUACUAAAUAUUAAAAAUAGUGGUGUUGAAUCGAUAACGUUUCUUACGCGAAAUGACUUGAAUCUUAUGGAAAAAGCUGACAAUUUUGAACGAUCGCCAUACGAGCUUGCGGAUAAAAUAGAAGCGAGAAAUAAUCAAGCGAAAAAUGGACAGUUUCCAUGGAUGGCUGCUAUCCAUUCACUUUAUCUGGAUAAAGUCUGGGCUUACAGAGUCUGUGGAGGUUCAAUACUAUCAGUACGAUGGGUACUGACCGCUGGUCACUGUGUAAAAAAUAUAAAUGAAUUUUUGGUGAUAUUCGGUGACGUCGACAGACGAAACUCUGGAUACCGAACUUAUGACGGACCUGGAGUUGCAAUGCUGGCUACUGAUUCUGUUAUUCAUCCAGAUUACCAGAUAAAUGUCAAUGACAUUGCGCUACUUUAUAUGCCGGAAGACAUUCCGUUUGGACCGACAAUACAGCCAAUAAGACUAGCAGGACGCAAUGAAGUACACAAGUCAUACGCAGGAAGACGGGCACUGGUUUUGGGUUGGGGUGGAGAUGGAAUAUCACAAACAAGACGCGAUUCACUUCAAUUUGGUUUCCUGCCAAUUAUUUCACAUGAGAAGUGUUUUCUAGAUUGGGACCUACCAGAAAGUGUUGUCUGUACGGCAGCUAAUACUGGUGUUGAUGCUUGCAAAGGAGACAGUGGAAGUCCACUUGUGAUAGACAGCAACCGGUACCAUCAGUAUUUACAAAUUGGCAUCGUAAGUUCUGGUUACGAUGUCGAAUGUCCGAGUUCGAGACCCGGUUUGUACACACGAGUUGAUUAUUUCAAUGAAUGGAUUUAUUUUGUUACAGGAAUACAAUAUUAACAUUAAUUUUAAUCAAUUAAAAAUUUAGAUAAUUAUAGACUGAUAAAAAAAAUUUAGUUAAGUCGAAGUA